CCAGAUUUGAACGCUCUAUCCUCUCCCCCUCUUUCUUGCACCCUCUUUGGUCGAUCCGCCGAUGGGUUGUCUCAUCCUCUCUCUCUCCGCCGCCGCCGCUGAGAUCUCCGGGUGUUUAUUUUCUGUUGGCCCUUUUAGCUUUUCGAUCGCCGCCGAUGGAGGGGAACAGCUGGAGGCCUGGCCAGGGGGAGCCCUCCACCGCUGACGCCACGGCCGGUGACGCCACGGCAGGCGACUGGCGGUGCCAGCUGCAGCACGAUGCGCGGCAGAGGAUCGUCAAUAAGAUAAUGGACACUUUAAAGAGACAUUUGCCUAUUUCUGUGCCGGAAGGCUUAAAUGAACUUCAGAAAAUUGCUGUUCGAUUUGAAGAGAAGAUAUAUACUGCAGCUACAAGCCAGUCUGAUUAUGUGAGGAAAAUUUCUGUGAAAUUGCUUUCGAUGGAGACAAAGACUCAGCAUACUCCUCCAAUGCCGAACACCACCAUUCCAAACCAAAAUCCUACAGACCCAGGUAUUGACAUGAUAGGACAUAUUGCUUUGUCUUAAUGCAAUGUCGUAAAAGAUUUAAAUUAGACAUUCUGGGUAUUGGAGAAAUUGUUGUAUGCUUGGCAUCUAAAAGAAACUCACAGAUACUGCUCUUUGUUUAUUUUCACUUUUUAUUUUGGUUUAUAGACUAUGUGAAGCAGAUAAAUGCUCUGAGCUUUUUCUACAUGUAAAAUAUCAUUUGGUGUUGCACCAUGUACAUUCUCUCCCUACCUUUCGUAUAGUUUUAUUUGGUCCCUUUUUUCUGUAUAAUUGGCGUCUAUUGUUGUUUCUUAAUAUGUUUUUCUUAUCGUUUUUAGUACUUGUCCUAUGCAUGUUAUUUAAUAGCUCGAAUGGGUCAAAGUAGGACAAUAUUAUGGAAACCUUGACCAUAUUGAACCUAACCCAGCAUCAUAUGGGGAUUCUUUGGUCCAUGUACCCAUUGACAUGUUAACCGCCUUGACCGGCCAAACCCGUGCAACAUGAUGCAUACCCAAACUAACUAAGACUUUUUUGACCACUCCUUGCAGCCAUGGUAUGUCGUACCAUACCAAAUCGGGCAGUACAUAGUAUACUGUACCGUACUGGUACAUGGUGUGGAGGGUAUACCGACACUCGAUACGUUUAAUCGAUCUCGUAUUGUACCAUACCGAUACAGUGAUAGCAUGACACUAGUACGGAGCUCGGUAUCGAGACGGCGUACCUUACUUGCAACUCUUGAUGCAUCAAAUUGAGGUGAAUAUUACAACUAAUAUUAAAAAAGCAUCGAUUGAUCUCAAAGGCUUUUCACCUAGUUCAAGACUCAACCCGAUCUAAGUAAAACUUUAUUCUCAUUGUGUGAGUACAGUCAAAACUUUGAUCCGUAUCUGACAUGUUUAAAGUCCGGGUCAAAAAAUUUGACCUAUUACAUAGCCCAAACUAAAGUCCUUGUCCUAAAUAUUACCUAAACAGGUGCAGGUCAGGUAGACUUUUGGUUUUCAGUCAAUUUUUGCCACCCAUUUUAUAGGUAUAAAAGCCUACCUUAUUGGUUAGAUAUCAUGAGUUUAUGCAUUUAGGUGCUUGCUUCCACUAUUCAUUCG